CAGACUAUACUGAGCAGCGAGUUGGGGAGAGCAGUUAAGGCACCAGCCACUCCACACAGAGCACCAGCUCCCUCCUGCCUGAAGAUGUUCCACCACAUUUGGGCAGCUCUUCUCUACCUCUAUGGCUUUCUCCUUAACUCCAUCUACCAGUGCCCUGAGCACAGCCAACUGACAACUGAAGGAGUGGAUGGGAAAGAGUUCCCAGACCCCCACCUGGGCCAGUGGUACUUUAUCGCAGGGGCAGCUCCCACCAAGGAGGAGUUGGCGACUUUUGACCCUGUGGACAACAUUGUCUUCAACAUGGCUGUGGGCUCUGCCCCCACGCAGCUCCAGCUUCGAGCGACCAUCCGCACGAAAAACGGGCUUUGUGUGCCCCGGAAAUGGAUCUACCACCUGUCUGACGGGAGCACAGAUCUCAGAACCGAAGGCCGCCCUGACAUGAAGACCAAGCUCUUCUCCAGUGCAUGCCCAGGUGGAAUCAUGCUGAAAGAGACAGGCCAGGGUUACCAGCGCUUCCUCCUCUACAAUCGCUCACCCCACCCUCCUGAGAAGUGUGUGGAGGAAUUCCAGUCCCUGACCUCCUGCCUGGACUUUAAGGCCUUCUUACUGACCCCCAGGAAUCAAGACACCUGCGAGCUGUCCAGUAACUGACCUGUGGCUUCACCUAUGCCCCCCAGAUGGAUACAGCUGGAACUUGUAUGGUGAGGGGAGAAGCUGGAGACUCCCAACUCUCUUUCAAAAUAAAGAUGAUUUUCC